CAGCUCAUAUAGAAAAGGAAGGAAAAGAUUUUCAAAGCAUUAAGUCCUUUAGACUUUGGAAGCUUUGCUAACUACUAUACACCUACUCUACUCCCACCGCAGUCAUCAACACCAUACAUCUUUUUCAACCUUCUUCCCUCCCUUCACCAUUAUCGACAAAAUCAUGCCAUGCAAUCGCCCAAAUAUGUAAUUUAGGAAGGAAACAGACGCAUUUGGUUUGUGACAUGAACCAUAAGACUGGAGAAUAGCAGGACUAAUAAUGAGCACAUCUAGAUUUAUAAAAUGCGUGACAGUUGGAGAUGGCGCAGUGGGCAAAACCUGUUUGCUUAUCUCUUACACCAGCAAUACUUUCCCCACUGAUUACGUGCCCACUGUGUUCGAUAACUUCAGUGCAAAUGUGGUCGUGGAUGGCACUUCGGUUAACCUCGGCCUCUGGGAUACUGCAGGUCAAGAAGAUUACAAUAGAUUGAGACCCUUGAGCUACAGGGGAGCUGAUGUUUUUCUUUUGGCAUUUUCACUCAUCAGUAGGGCUAGUUAUGAGAAUGUAUCCAAAAAGUGGAUUCCGGAGCUGAGGCAUUAUGCCCCUGGAGUUCCGAUAAUCCUUGUUGGAACCAAAUUAGAUCUUCGGGAGGACAAACAAUUCUAUACUGACCACCCAGGUGCCGUGGCUGUAACAACUGAACUGGGCGAGGAGCUAAGAAAGCAGAUUGGAGCUUCUGCUUAUAUAGAAUGCAGUGCAAAAACUCAGCAGAAUGUCAAGGCAGUCUUUGAUGCAGCAAUCAAGGUUGUCAUUCAGCCACCCAAGCAGAAAAGAAAGAAAAAGAGGAAGUCUCACAAAAACUGUUCAAUUUUGUGAGUAUGGUAUGGUGUACAAUGUUCUGUAGUGUACUUUGAGCUGUAAAGCAAAAGUGAAAAGCACAUGGAGGAUUAUUUGCUUGAUGAAUUUUAAUGCAAGGCAUUCUCUGUGGCAAGUUGUAUUCAGUUGUGUGGUUGUGAUGAGAUCUUGAGAAUAUGUACCUAAAAGUCUGUCUCAGAGUGCUUUAGAUAUAGAUUGCCUCACAGUUGGCUACUAUUUUUAAGUAAACUUGUGCUUUUGUACAUGUAUUUAUAUUAUUAGCUCAUUGUAUCAAGUUUUAAGCAAGCUCAGACUGAAUGAAACACAUAUCCCUAUUUUCCUUA